AUGGCUGCUUCCUUGACAUUUGCAUUACUCGCCUCCCUUGCCAUCGCUGCCCCUACUGCGGACAGUAGCAGCUGCACAGGCACCAUAUCCUCGUUGAGCGAUGUGACUGCUGCUGUGGAGUGCACUACUGUCAAUAUCAACGCGUUCACGGUCCCGGCUGGUGAAACAUUCACGCUAUCCCUGCUUGAUGGUACCACGGUGAACGUCAAUGGCGACGUUCAAUUUGGAAAUGUGAGCUGGGCUGGUCCAUUGUUUGAAGUGAAAGGAAUCAAUGGAAACAACUACCUAUUCGAUGGCGGAGGACCUUUCUAUUGGGAUGGGCUAGGCACUAACGGAGGCACGACCAAGCCUCACCCGAUGAUGAAGAUUGAAAUUUCGGGCACUAUGUCUGAUGUCUACGUCGUUAACUCCCCUGCUCAAUGUUUCUCGGUUUCCAACCCGGCUGCACUCACCAUGACUGGCAUAACUGUUGAUAACUCCCAAGGUGACGCUACGAACUCCCAAAGUAAUGGACUUCCCGCAGGUCACAACACUGACGGAUUCGACGUCAGCGCCGACGAUUUGGUCAUCGAGAAGAGCACUGUGUUAAAUCAGGACGAUUGUCUUGCCAUCAACAAGGGAACCAACCUUGUCUUUAGCGACAACUAUUGCUCCGGAGGGCACGGUAUCUCUAUCGGUUCCAUCACGUCCGAUGUGACCGUAUCAGGCGUUGUCAUCUCAGGCAAUACCGUCGUCAACAGUCAACAAGCAUUCCGUAUUAAGACUGAUGCAAGCGCAACUGGAAGCACUGUUUCUAACGUCACCUACUCUGGAAACACAGCUACAGGUUGUACAGACUACGGUGUUCUGAUCACUCAGAGCUACCCUGCAUCGCUAGGGACUCCAGGGACUGGUACAGACAUUUCCGAUAUCAACUUCAGCGGUUCAACGACAACCUUGACCACCGAGAGCGGUGUUGAUAUGGUUGCGGUUGAUUGUGGUACUGGGGCUUGCACUGGUACAUGGGACUGGUCAAGCUUGAAGGUGAGUGGUGGUCAGGAUGGACCCAUCGAUAACUGCACCGUCAUUACGGGAUUCACUCAGUAA